UUCACAGGAAAGAUCGAGGACUGGCUGCAGGGUUGUGGGUCAAACAACCCCCGCCAGCUGAGCCUUGAGUCUAUGGUCAAAGCCAACAACUUUGAUGAUGACCUGAGUCUUGGUGCUGAUGCCUCUGUGUUAAACGGAGGAAUCACUCCAUGUGAAGCUGGUCCCGCACAGCAUCCGUCCUCGAUACUUCGACGAGGCCGACUCACCAGCAGAGCGGGACUAUGCCCUCCUUCGUUUCACCUGGGGCACAGUAUGACCUCCAGCUGUCCCUCCUCCUCCUACACCUGUAAAACCACGUCAAGUGUAUCUGAGGUCCUGGAUAUGUAUUCGGAAGAUGCCGAGGAGACGCUGUACGAGUUGGGUUUUGGCAACGAUGAGCCACAGGCCACGGUGCGCAUCCCUCCUCGUUUCUUCACCUUCCCGUCUCAGGCUCAGGGCAUCAGCUUCCGCCUCUUCCUGGACGCACAGCUGCGGCGGAUACGAGAGGAGGACCCCAGCCUCUCUCUUGCUAGUCGCUUCAGACAAGUCCAAACGCUCACAGCGAUGGCCAACGUCUUUUACUCCCUCUACUCCCACGUGUCCCGCACCCCGGUCCAGAAACUGGUCCCACCAGAGUUAUGCCUCUCGUCUCCCAUGGAGAAGAUCGACCGCUUCCGGAGCAGCGUUCGCAGUGAGCCGCGCUCUCCGGUGGAGAGGCUGAAGGACACCGUCUCCAAGAUGUGCCUCUACACGGGCUCCCCUCGGGGCUCGGUCUCCACCUCUCCGCAGCCGUCACCCAGGAAAAGGUCCAGCCUCCCUGACGUGGUGGAUAUGGUCCUGGUUAAAGUCAAGACGGAGGUGACCAAGAAACUGGAUUUGGGGGAAUGUAGCAGGAGUUGUUCAUCUGUGGAUGUCGGGCUCAUAGAUGAGGAUACAUCCUGUAGGAGUGGACACAUGGACACAGACAUUGUCGGGAAAAAAAUCCAUCAUAAGGAGACAAGCAAUAAACAAACAGAUCAUUUCGAUGCUGAUGACAACGUCGUCCGACCAGCAGACGAUGACAGAAAGACUCUGAAUAUAGAAACACCUCUUUCCACAUUAUCAGGAGAACUCGAUCGUCUGGGUCUCUCACCUCAGGCAGAGCAGGCGGCCAUGGCUACACGUGAUCUAAUCUGCCCGCAGAUAGUGGAGAGCGUACACCACGCACCCUUCUGCUGCCAACACACACCCUGUCCCAAAACACACACUGGGACACAAGGCACUGAUAAACCACAUGCACCUGACAUACAAGCCCCUGUAUCUGCUCCUGGUGAGGACUCAUCCUCCACAGGGGACGUUACGUCUUCUGGAGGGGUCGGGCCGGUGGGUGCAUCCAGCUCACUUCCUGUCCUGGCCCCCGCCGGCAGCCAUACAGAUUACUGCAUCACUGUGACCGGCUUGGAGGGGGGUGGUCCCUCGUCCUCCUCCAGUGCGCCACAUUCCUGUCGUGCUUCAAAUGUCCUGCCUGUCCGGACGCGUGCGGGGUCGUUAGAAGGCGGGAAGACCCGGUACCUGAAUCCUCCGACUCAUCAGGGCCUGAGGAAAUUCUCCAAGACCAACGUGAAACCGGUGAACUCGUUUGAGCUGGAGGAGGUGCACAGCGCAGGGGAGGAAGAGUUUGGACAGUCAAAUACUACAAGGGCCACAAACUCACCAGUGUGCACGCAGGGCCAGCACAAAGGUGAAGUGGUCCGGGGCGACAGCGUGCAGUCAGACAGCAGCGGCUACGCAGACGAAGAAGUCAGCCCCUCGUCGGACAGACACGCCAGAUGACACAAGGACACGGCACUCCAUCGGUCUAUCUUCACACAUUUGCACUGAGGAUUUGAGUUUGUGCGACUCGGGAUUUGUGCGUUCAAAAUGACUUGGUCCCCUUUGAAACUUUUCAGAGGAUCUACACAGAAGAAGUCAAGUUUAUCAAAAGGUUUUUCCCGGCGCUCAUCCUCAAUACAAUUACUGUAAAUGAAUAAACAUAAAGACAAUGAAAGACUGCGGGGGAUCAUCGCAUUUGAACAGUAACGAGUCAAUCUGGAAUUACAGCAUGAACAACACAUUACACCACGACAACAAGUCAAUUUCACAUGGAGCUCACACUUUAUUUAUUUUAAACUGGGCAACAAUUUAACUAUGACAAAGAACUGUCUCAAAUUGAAUAAUGUCAGCACAUAAAAUUCACUAAAACCAGGAGAUAACUUCCUUAUCUCAGAAUAACAAAAUGCAGAUCUGCCGUUUCAGACAAAAUGAGGUCAGUGUUGCGUCAAACCCGCUGCACUCGGACAUGUUCAGCCUGCAUCUGUGCAAAGGACUUUAUCUUCUCAACUAGUGCAAACUGUUUCCAACUCUUUUCCAAUACUUAUUUCAGCAGAGUGCAAUGAAUUGUAUUGACAGAUUAGCUACUGCAGUAACUGAGGCGGUGAUGAGAGUUCACACCCAGACGCAGGUGUCAACGGCUCUUUCAAAUAAUGUCACAGGAAUCAGUCACAUUGACGGAGAACAGAGAAACGUAAAUCACAGGGGUGUGAAUUAUAAAGAGGAAAACAAUCGUUAGUUCAUAUCUUUGAAACGGCACAAAGACAUUAUUUUUUUGAGGGAUGACUCAAAAAACAAACAAAAAUCAAAUCGUUUUGUCUAAUGUUCUACUGAUAACAACAACAACUCCCAGUUAUUUUUUCAGCUCUUUGAUUCACACAGAAGUUAAUUUAUUAUUUAUUGGUCUGACUGCAUAGUGAAUAGAGAAACUGGGAAAUAUUUGCUACAAUCACAUUUUGUGUUGUCUUGAUUUACUCCCAAAUGUGACAAUUUGUGUGUGAACUGAACCAAUAAGGAGAUUCUAAAUUAUGCUCACUGUUUUCUUUUGUAGAGUUCUCAUGAUCACUGUGAGCAUUCCUAAAACGCUCUGAUAGUGUACAUCUUCCAGGGGACUCUAAACAUGGGAAAUCAAUAAAAAAAAAUGGUAUCA